AUGGUUAGCUUCCUCGACCUCCCCCCCGAGCUGCGCAGCGUCAUCUAUCACGCCUACGUGGCUGUUGAUGGCGGCUACGUUUGCGAUACCAACGGCUUCAUCGAGGGCAAAUUAAAGCAGGCCGACGGCAAGCCCAUUUGUAUGGCACUGGUAUUUACCUGCAGACUUGUGGCUAGGGAGAUGCAUGGCCUUUCUCUGCGCGUCAACACCAUUACCUUCUCGACCCUCUCCGGCAACCCUGGCCUGCGGGAUCUCGCCAGUAAAUUCGAUUUCCUGCUUCACUGUGUUAACAAUUUGAGACAAAAGUUGGUUGCGAAAAUGGGCAAAUACAUUACUCAGGAAGCCUACAACGAACUCCGAGAUCUGUACCCGCAGUUCACCCCUCUUCUGGAUGCCUUGAGGGCGCGAGGCUCCCUGCCACCCCUUGCCCGCGGACCAUAUGGAGAAGCACCGUCUGUGUUCCGUCGGUUCAUCCAAGAAGUGUUGGAUGUUACUUACUCCUUCGACAGACGGGCUAUCAGAGAAAUAGGAGUCUAUUCCCCUUCAAUCGGGCAUUACGUUAGCGACAUGCACGCACUCUGUAUAGCACGCUGUUCCAUCGAUCCAUGGAUUAUUCCCUCGCGCUACGACAUGCAGCAGCUCCAACUCAUGGUGCUCAACGACGCUGAUUGCGAACCAACGAUGAGCCGCCACGACGGUUCGGAGUGGCGCUUUUCCGCAGCGGCUGCGGCAAUCUACUUUGUCCAGUCUCUGCCGGAUACCAUACGCAGAAACCUGCGCAGGCUUGUUUUGCUCGAGGACAGGGAAGCCCUAGCGUAUCCAGAAUCGCACGGCUAUGGCCUUAUUCCAUUAUGCAAAGAAAACCCACUCCUCCACGUCGAGCGCCGAGUCAACCUCUGGAGGAAUGUCUUCCAGCCGGGUGUCUUAAAAGAGACACCGCGCCAGCGAUACCAGCUUCGAGAGGAAUCGACCCAGCCAGGCAUGGAAUCCCUCAGUUCUUGUGUGGUUACCCGGAACGUCGCCCCUUGGAUCGUGGAAGCUCACGAACUCGUUGCCGCGGGCAUGCCGGCCUCAUCCUACUCGCUGCUCCUGGACGGCGAUCCUGUCCCGCAGCUCACCUCCCAAAUCUUCCAGUCCAUCGUCCAGCGAGACGUGGCGUGGCAAGAGGCGUGGACGAUGUCCGUCGAUCGAGGCAGAAUCCCCGGACUCACUUCGUUUUCGAGACGAAGCUGGGAGGGUUGCAGGGUCUGGUACUUUUUCGAGGCCUUACCACAAGCCAUGAAGGACAUGGCUUCCGGGAACUCAAUCGUCCGCUGCAAUUUCGACGCUGGCGAGCCUUUGGAUGCGGAGAAGCUUCGUAUCGAGCACCACCACUGGAACGAGGAUAACUGGACGCAAAAAUGGCGCGAGCAUGACCCCCGGUUCUGGGACACCGAGCCACCAUUGCCAAGCUGGAUGGACCUUUUGAAGGAGAAUUUUCAUCACUUCACCAUUCGGCCGGGCUUCAGAACCCGUGGGGAAUGGCGGCGCUUCUUUGGCCAGUGGUGCUGA